AUGUUCAUUCAGCGGUCCAGUGGUGCGUAUGACUAUUGUAUUUUGGCUAUAAAUGCCGGUUGUGUCGAUAUAUGUUACAUAUCAGGUAACCGAGAGAUGGGGAACACUAAGUCGGCUCAAGGAAAUGAGCCGAAGGCGAACGAUGACAAAUCUAAGUCCUCCCACAGCCAGGGAUUCGGCCAACUAUAUGCAGCGGAAAUAGACCAUUUCAGUAAAAAACCAUGCUGCAGGACCUUCCUCAAGAUUCUCUUUAUCAUCCUUGCAAUUCUAACCAUUAUCCAAUCAAUUGCCGUAAUAGCAGUGACUGUCACCGCAGCAGUAGCUUCAAAAGCCUUCAAUCAAGAUCAGUCCAGCCGUCUAGUCGCAUUAAUAUUACUUGCAGCCUCGGCUGCAGUCACCACGUCCUUGGUAAUCUAUGCCUUGGUCGCAGUAUUAGGAAAGAAGAAGAAGCCUCUUCAUGUGACCACGGCAACGAUAAUAAUAUUAGCGGUAUUACAAGCGAUAAUUCUCGGGGUGUGCAUGAGGGUGACAAUGGAAGAUGAGAUUCAGCUUACUCGUUCCCUGGUAGACUCGUUCCGGCUGGCCAAGGACCACAACCAGAGACAUAUGCUGAUAUGGAGUACAACUCAGCACGAUCUCAGCUGCUGUGGAGUUUACAGCGCAGAUGACUACCGGCGUUCCAAUAUCCCGCCCUAUAUUCCCCCGGAUGUGCCAAUAUCCUGCUGUCCCGCAUAUGACCCUGGACGCUCAGACCUUUUACAGGAGAGAGAAAGAGAGUUAUGUAAAGCAAGAAGAGAAUUCUAUGAAAACGGAUGCAAGACACCAGUGAUUAAAAUGCACAAAUUAACCUGUGCAUUGGUGAUAAUAAAUGUUAUCGUAUUAAUUGUUUUAGAGCUUCUUGUUGGCAUCUCCGGAGUAUUACAUUUGAAGAUUAAACAUAAUGUGAAACCAGAUAACAUGGAACAAGUAGCAGUGGCUCCUAUACCGAUGCCACGAGCUUCACUAAGUUCAGGGAAACCGAAAUCUGUAAGCUCAACGUGAAACAAAUAAAAUUCAAGGAUUUUAAAAGUAUUACCUCAGAAUACACAACACACUAGAUGGGGCCAAAUAUUAUUUUUGUAGAUUCGUACAAAGGUGUCGCUGAAAAUGUAAAAAUGCAUUAGUUCAUAAGCGUUUACUUAGAUGGCGCUAAACACAAGUAAAUGAAAAUCAACCAAAACUUUGCUAGUUCAUUAUUUCAUAAAAAGGUGGCGCUGUAAACAAAGAAGUUUUAGAGGUAAUAUUUUUAAAUUACACGAUAAAUCCAAAGAUCUCUAAAGAAAUAACGGACGGACUCAUGACUUAGUUUAGACAUAUUAAAUAUUUUUAUACUGUUGUGCAUAAUAUGUAGGAUUCGUUAAUACUAAGCUGUGAAUAAAUGACAUUGAGACAUUA